UCCUUCACUCUCUUCUGACUUCUUGCACAAGUGGUGCUAGGUACUUGCUAGACUGCAAAUUCCAGCAGGCAUUGUUCAGCACCUCUCCGAGACAGACACACACCAGGUGUGCUCUUAGCAGCUAACCCAGCCCUCAGCACGCUGGUAUUUUUCAAAGCCAGAGCAAAGAAAUAGGUGCUCUUUCAACAGGGCUGAUGUCCCGAACCACGGCAUAAUUUGGAUCUAAGUGGAGGAUCUUAGUUUCCAGAAUGGAGGGAAACACUUCCAGUAGUGGAACAGCCUCCCUCCCUAACUCAGAGAUUCCACGGAGCAGGUCAGAGGGCACUCUGAUUGACGUGGAUGACCGGAUACCUUCAGCCACCUACAAUGUCAAUGAAAGCAAAAUGGAUGUGGAUAUUGAGUGGUCUGAUCUCUUCAAACAUGCCCAUACUGUUUCCAAGACUAACCCUUUCUGGAACGAACUGUCAUCUUCCAACCCUUUUGUACAUGAUAUAGCUGCUUCCAAUAGAAAUGGAAACAAUAAAUACUUUCCUAUAAUGAAAGAAAAGUCCUAUUUGUUCUCUAAAGUUUCUAGUGACAGAGAUUCUUUGGCUUCCUCCGGAGAUGAGCUAAAUCUUGAUUGUCUUCUAAGAAGGAGCUCAACAAGAAGAUCUGGACGAUCCAAGAGUGUCUCUGACUUCUUGGAUAUUAUUGAUAACCAAAAAUUUAAUCCUCAUAAGCCAACACCUCAAAAAACUACAGUUUCUGACACAACGUGCCUUCAAAUUGACCGUGAAGCCUACAAGAUGGCUUGGUUGAGUCACCGACAACUUACUCGGUCUUGCCUAGAUUUAGAAGCCAUGAGCCAUAGUCCUGGAUGGGCACAGACACAAGCUACAGACAUUCAUGUAGUUUGUAAACUGAAUCAUGAAGGGGGUUCAGUACAGCUACCUGACUCCGAUAUCAAUGUUCAUGUCCCUGUGGGUCAUGUAUUACCUGGAGAAUUCCAAGAGGUCGGUUUAAGGGCUAUCCUUAACCCUCCAUCGUCAUUUAACAAUGAACUUUCUAGCACUGUAAGUCCUCUGAUAGAACUUACAUUGAGCAACCUCAACACAAAGGAAGCCAUUUUUCUAGAGGUGAAAGUUGCAGCUAAAGUGAAGAGUGACCCUCUCAGUCAAGUUAUGAGUGAUAUCGUGUGUUUUUUCGGUCUUGAUAAAGAAGGGCCUUUUAAGAAGCUAGAAAAUUGCUACACUUAUCAAGAUACUAUACAAGUGAAGAUAUCAGACCUGAGUCAUGUGAUGUAUGCAGUGAUUGCAGUACAAGCAAACAAACUCCAGCCUCCAGCCACUAACGUCUGGGACUACAUUCAUAGAACUGUCUCAGUUGGAAUUUAUGGUCCCAAAUAUAUUCAUCCAUCUUUUACAGCGGUUUUUGCAGUGUUUGGUCAUAACUACAUUCCAGGAAAACUUACAGUUUGUGAUAUUAAAAAAGGAGGGAAAAAUAUGCCCCCUGUAGUGUUUCAGCUGUGGGGAAAACAUACAUUUCUGCUUGAAAAGCCCCAGGAUCUAAGCAUUUCUUUGGUUUCCUGUGAUCCAGAUUUUGAAGUGAAGAUGGAGGAUGAAGGCAAAAAUAUCAAAGAGGAAGAACUGAAAACUGGUGAAAUGGUCCGCCAACAAUUCCUGUUUUCCAUGCUAGGAUGCAGGGAGAUGCAUUUCUUUGUUUUUCUUGUUCAGAUUAAAGUCUCAAAAAGUAGCCAAGUAACACAGUUCCAUGUUACGACUCCUGAUCCAGCUCCAAAAUUAAGUGGAAUUAUCAGUAGGCCACGACGCUUACAAAAACGCAAAGAAAUCAAAUCUGCACCUUUGCUUUUAAUACCAACAGUUAAAUACCCGAAGUUUCAAAACAAAAUUUUGAAUGUUAGUACUUACGGAGUGGCUUUGAAAACUGUGCUACGUCAAAAUAAAAUUGACUAUUUGCUGGAAUAUUUUAAAGGAGACACAAUAGCACUUCUUGGUGAAGAUAAAGUAAAGGCCAUUGGACAAGCUAGAAUAAAAGAAUGGUAUGUGGGAGUUCUCAGAAGAAAGAUUGGUCUUGUACAUUGUAAAAACAUAAAAGUGAUUUCCAAAGAGCAAGCUAUGGACACUACUGACAGUGAACUGACUACCAGGAGUCUUGUUGAACAGAUUACAUUGCCAUUUAAAAAACUGACUUAUAUCUACUCAGUAGUUUUAUCUACAGUAUCAGAGAGUGUUUAUGACUGGAGAGCAUUGGCUGAGGUGCUAGGGUAUUCACAUAUAUCUUUGGAUGACUUUAACGAGGCACAUGGUGAUAAAGAAUCAGAUAGAGUUGCACAUGUUGUGAGGAGGCUAAAGGAAGACUGCCAUGCUAACAAAAAAAAGAGACUAUUCCUUUAUGAGCUCAUUAUUGCACUUCUGAAAAUAGAUUGCCAGGGAUUAGUGGCCCGUCUUACCCAGGACACUAUCAUUUUGACAUCGGCUGUGAAGCUUGGCAAGUACUGGCGGGAGCUUGCAGAGAAGCUAGCCCGACUCACAAAGCAACAAAUAGAGGCUUACGAAGUACCCCAUCAAGGGAGGAGUGGAGCCGUAGCUCUGGAGAUGAUGUGGAAACCUGCAUAUGACUUUCUCUACACAUGGGCUGCCCAUUACGGGGACAGCUACAGGGAUGUCUUACAAGACCUGCAAUCAGCCUUGGAUAAAAUGAAAAAUCCAGUAACAAAACAGUGGCGAGAGUUAACUGGAGCACUGAUUCUUGUGAACUGCAUGGAAGUUUUAAGGGCAAGUGCUUUCUCCAGAAUGGAGGAAGAAAACUAGACUACCAAGAUAUACUUUUGGAAAAUCUAGAAACAGUACACUUUCUGUGUUUCAACAAUGCUUGCAGAGCAGGGCUAAAUGCUGCUGAUGUUGAGUCUGGCUCCAUGGUUCUCAGCUAUAGCCAUUCAAGAUUGCCAGGCCUUGCUCAUAGCUACUGAGGAAGUAAGAAAAGGGUGAGGUAAAAAAUGACCUGAAUACUAGAGGCUACUUUCUACAGGGAGCUAUUUCUGUUUGCACCAAUUUCUAGGUGGGAAUUAGAUCUAGAAACAGAGCCUUGCAUGGAUGAGUGCAGCCCAUGGGGCAUAUGUUUACAUUGUUUUCAUUGAGGCAUUAAAAUCUAAAUAUUUAAAACAUUUUAAUUGCUGUCCCAAAUCUUCAACACAAACAGAAUAUGUAGGAUUACCUAGAAAAACUAGUAUUCUUUGUCAUAAACUGGGACAAAACUAAUUUUCUUCCAAGAGUAAUUCAAUAGUUAUUUACACUUGGAAGCAAAGGCUUGUGCUGUGCAAUCCUUCCAAAACAGCUUUUGGUUCAUUUUAUGAACUCUUAAAAUGAGACAUGCAAUGCAGUAGUCAAGUUCAAUUGGUUUGUUGAUGUAGCUCGAAAGGGUUUUGUGUGUGUCUAGAAAUACAGCAAGCUUUCUUUGUGUACACUGUCCAUCCCUCUGAUUACUUGCAUAUUGUUCCUCUGAUAUUGUUAAUUAGGGAAGUCUGGCUUGGUAGACAUAAGAUUUGUAGACUGCUUAUAACCUCUUCUGUUGAUCAUUCUUUUCUAUCUUAUUGUAUGAGGAAUAUGAGUGAUGGCUAUAAUUUUAGUUAAGUAGAAGCUUCAAAAGGUUAAAGCCAUUUUAAGCAUCUUUAAUCCACAUUCAUUCAGAAACAUUAGCAUAUGCUCAUGACAGCUGGGAGAAAAGAAAUCUGGGUUCUGUCAUCAGUGGUUGACAAGACAAAGCCAAAUUCUUUCUGGAGUAUCACAAAGGAGUAGCAUUACAGUUAAGAAUCUGUGCUUCUGCUGUUUUCUUAUAUGACCUCUACUAACAAGGAGGUUUUAAUGAUUCUAAAACCAAAUAGCACUCGGAAUUUUUUUUUUCCCCUCCUCUUUCCUCCAACCUUCUUUCUUUUAUCAUUUCUUUAAGCUUUCCCAUUGCAUUCAUAGCUCAGAAAAGAGUUUGAGGAAAGAGCUCUUGCUCUGGUAACUGAAAAACUCCCUCAACAAAAGACCCUUAAGCACGAAGGCAUGACUGAAUUAGCAUGCAUGCAAGUCAUUUGGCUUUAGUGGACUUGUUCUUGAUUUGCAGUAGAUUGAAGGAAUCAGACUACAGAGCACUGUCUUUGUUUAUCAAUGAAACCUGGAGAAAAAAGAUACAUUGUCAGAAAUUCCUGCUGUUUCAGUUGUUAACACCUGUUUCGUACCUUGUCUCCUCUAGUUUUAAGAAGAGCUGCAAAAAAAGUAUAAAACACAUUCUCUUGUUAGCUUGUGAUUCUGUUCAGAGACCAGCUGUUCUUCCCUGCUUGCAGUUAUGAGGCCCCCAAAAGGGGAAAAAGCAUCUAUUGGCUUUGCUGUGCUGCUGGAUAAGGAAAAGGUGCUUAUUUAUAGGUAAAAUGCCACAUUGAAAUAUUAAAAUUAUACAUUUAAAAAAUAGAAAUCAAAUUAAAAUAAAUUAUUUAAAAUAAUCCUUAAACAUAGCACUGCGUGCCCUGAUGAAGGUUUUUGUACAUUUUCCAGAUUUGGUCUCAAGACCAGUUCCUUUCAUUGAUGUGAAACAACAGCAAAAUUGUUUCUGUGUAGAACAAGAGUUGAAUUUGGCCUGGUAGUUUUAGUAAAUAUUGACUUAGUGAGUCAGUGUUCUCCUUAGCUUGCAACAUUAAGCAACUGGUCUUUCAAGUAUAUUUCUUUAAAAGGAAAUUUAUACAUCUCUAGUUGUACCCCACGCUCUGUAUACUGCGGGCUUUGGCUGUUAAUUGUUCUCCUCAUUUCUGCUUUAAGCUUUUGCUUAUAUGAAUGAAAUGUGCACUCGUGCAAUAUUCUGUUUACUUUAGCAUCCCACACUGGAUACAUGAAAUAAUAGGUAUUAAAAUCUCAUAUUUUAUUUAGUGCUAUAGUAUUCAAAACCGCAAAAUGCCAGCUGAGAGUGAAAGCAGCUGCAUGCAGCAGCAGCACACAUAGAGGAGCACACGGGUCUGGUAAACACACUGUUCUUGACCUUUUCUCCUUUCUUCCCACUCUGUCAAGAGAAAACAGCUUUCCCAUGAGCCUGCAUACAUACCUUCCUGGGUUUCUGCAAAGCGGUUGAGAUUAAUGGCUCUCUGAGAGGAGGCAAAGUGAAAUAAGCAUGGUCCUUGCCUUAAAUGACCUCCUGUUUUCAGUUCCUUUCAAUUUCCCUUUGGAUGUGUAGGCAGACAAGACCCUUUCACUAUUCUUCUAACAUCUGGUACGGUUCUUAAACAGAUAAAAAAUGUGUGAGCACCCAAUUACUUUAUGGUUUCACCUAAUGAUGAAAACUGGAAAAAUAAUUGCUGCAGCUCUGUCUGCCCCUGAAAGGGGUAGACAUACUGCAUGGUGGGCAUCAGUAAAGGAAGUCUAGCUGCCACUCACACUAGAAAUGCUAUAAUUUUAUCAGCUAAGAAGCCAUUACUGUUCUUGCAGUGCAGAUGACUCUGGUCUGUGACAUUCGGUGGCACACUGCAGUGACGUGUUUCUAAAUUAACAGGAGAGAAAAGCAGAUCCAAAGGCACAAAUCUUUGUGUAUGUGUGUGUGUGUGUGCACGUGUGUGCACUGAAUUGACUGUAAAGACAUUCUUUAAGCAUUUUGGACUCAGUAAGUGAUCAAUCCAACAAAGAUUUCCUGAAUAAUUGUUCAAAGCUGGGGAUGGUUAUACUAAGUUCUUGUCUUUCUGUUUCAUCAUGUAUGGACAGCUGAACCAAAUACAAAUAGAAGGCUUUGCCAUUUUGUUCUGUUUGUGUUGUAGUUAUGAGAAUACCCAUAAAAAGAUAAUGCAGCAGAGAAUGCGAGGGUUGGAUGUUUUUCCCCCUCAAAAAGCAUGUAGCAAAAGGAAUUCCAUGCAUUAAUGUGAGAGAUUAUCCCAGCUGUUAAAGCCUCUGGAGAAGUUCUACAGCAAUUGUAGAUAUGUAAAGAAAAAGUUCAGUGUAAGUGGUAACUUGUUCCUGAUAGCUCUUCUGCUGUAAAUAUCUACAGACAGUAUGGGAUGCAGCCUUUCAAAUUACCUGGAGAUUGUUCUUAGUACAUAUGUGCCACUUUGUAUGUGUUGCCAAUGUAUAUAUGUAAUCUAUUUUUUUUUUUAACUAACAGUAUAUAUUUUUUAAACAAAAUAAACAAGGAAAGAUGAUAUUGUCCACUGGAAUCUUGUAUGGAUUUUAUGUUGUUUUUGUAAGCCAAGGAAGAGAGGUCAAAGAUCAUGGUUCUGUUAAAACCUGAGAAAUGAGUGAUGCCCAUAUGUACUUUUGAAAGUUCUGUGCUAAACAUACUGAUGUACACUCAUUUUAGCCUGUUUAUAAGUAGAAGUAACUGGCUUAUAUCACUCCCUGAGGCAGCAGAAUGAACCAACUGCUGAGAGCAGGGCUAUCUGCAGAGGUGAUGGGGCAGCCAGUUCUCCUCACAGGGAUGCGUCCUAGAACACAGUCCUUUCUGUGGCAGAAUCAUGCCGGUAAGUUUGAAAAGGUGAAUCUUUGUUUGAAAAGGUCAUUCAAAACUCUCACAAGCUUCUGAACCUUUGGAAGAAAGAGAUAAUACUGCUGUUCAGAUUUAAUUAUAUAUUUAUCUCAUUUUUUCUCAAAUCAUUACUGGAUAUCCUCAUCCAGUUAGAUAGUCUAUAUCCUAGUAGUUCAAUUAACAAUCGUGAAUUUAAUUUAAAACUAAGUGGCAUGAAUUACUAUACUGACUGGAAAGUGCAUUUACAUAUUCAUUCUAAAUCCCAAGUUUUAAAAUGUAAAUGAACUGGCUUGCAUGGAUGAAGGAGUGCAACACAAUAGUCCCAAGAGCAGGCAAAUACAAAGGGCAUUCAGUUCCAUUCCAUAACUGCAGCGUUUUAAGCGUUACAAUCUUGGUAAAUUCAGAACAAGAUCUAAAAUGUAACCUUGGCAAAUACAAUAUGCUGAGGAAAAAAAAGAAAAUCAGGACUGACAGGGAGGAAGUGAAUAAACAAUGAUUGUUCUGUAUGUCUCAUAACAGUGAAGUUAUCAGGCAGUGAAUUUAAAAAUAAGCUGAAGUGCCUUUUCACACAGCAAGGAAUUGCAGAAUGAGUUGUUACAGGAAGUUUUUGAAGACAAAAGCAUAAAUGGGUGCAAAAGACAGACGGCCAAAUUUAUGGAAAAAAGCGUCAUAUGGAGGUGAUGGUCUGUAUAUAGCCACCAGCUGAGUACAAUGCAGUCAGGGAGUGGGAAUGCAGCAGGGAGAAGCGUAUCCCAUGCUCACUGUAUUCCUCACACUCUGUCCUGCAGGCUGUGGGGCUGGAGCAGGCAGGCAUCUACUUUCACUCUGACACUCCUGCUGCUCUUAUAACCACCACCCUUACAUGGCCAUCGCAUCCCAGCAGGCUCCUUUACAUUGCCCUUGUGUCUCCAUACAGGAGACAGCUUGUACAUUUAUUCUGCAAUGAAUAAGGCCACUUUCCUGGUCCCUUGCUUCAAGUGCCAAGAGCAGCUGGUUGGAAUGAGCUACCAUCCUCUGACCUGGAUGCUGAAGUCUAGUCGGGGAAACAGAAUCCAGUCAGACUUGCCCUAUUGUCUUUUUCUCUCUCAGGAUCCAGCACAGCCCUGUGUCCUGCAUCAGAGAGGAAAGCACAAAGGGGUUGGAGUAUGUAGGGGAAAAAAGGAAGGCAAAUUUUUAAAGAAAUCUCACAUGAGAAGACUAAUUUCAUAAUUCUACUCACAUAUGGGAUAUGUUGGAAUUGGAGCCUGAAACCAUUUUGUAGAAUGCCACCCUCUAUUCUUCUA